AACAAAACAAAGCAAGAACAGAGGUGCCGUUUGAACGAAAGACCCUCAGUCCUUAACUCUAUGCCUAACCAAUGAGAACCAAGCUGGACUAGAUAUAUAAUGCUUGAAUUAUCAUUAUCAUCAUGAUCAUCCAUGCACCACUAUUUUGAUGCAUUGUGAAGUUAACCAAUAGUCAAACUCUGCCAGCGCAGUCUGCGUUCUCUGUGGUCGCCGAGAGCAGACGAUGCUGCUUUGGAUCUCUACUUGUCCGGACCCAGACCUGUUUGUCAAGGGUGGACUGAGAGCCUGACGCUGUUUUUCCGAAAAAAAGCACUCGACAUUUUUGGACAAGAGGAUACAAUUGUGCCAAUCGUCUGCAGCUUGCGUGCUGUGGUCGUCUGCUCGUCGUGGGUGUUCACUAGAAUCAGGGACAGUUGAGUUUAAACAGGGUGAAAAACUCAAAAUGCUGGGGCCUGUGCUGCCUUAUCACCUGGCAGGGCUUGGCUUCCUUCGCCCACUCAGCAUGGAAGGUCAGGGCCGUGUCAACCAGCUGGGGGGAGUCUUCAUCAAUGGCCGGCCCUUGCCAAAUCACAUUCGGCUGAAGAUUGUCGAGAUGGCUGCCCAGGGAAUCCGACCAUGUGUCAUCAGCAGACAGCUCCGAGUCUCACAUGGGUGUGUUUCAAAGAUUUUGCAACGCUAUCAAGAGACAGGCAGCAUUAGGCCAGGUGUCAUCGGCGGAAGCAAGCCGCGUGUGGCGACACCCGAGGUGGAGAAGCGCAUUGAGGAGUACAAGAAAGACAACCCUGGCGUCUUUAGCUGGGAGAUUCGCGACAAGCUGCUGAAGGGCGAUGCUGUUCCUUCCCAGGAAGGGAUGUGCGACCGCAGUACUGUGCCCAGCGUCAGUUCCAUCAGCCGUGUCCUCCGGUCACGCUUCAAAGGCGCGGAGGGUGAGACUUCGGACUACAGUGGAGGCGGGGAGCCGGAAGUCCAUCGCAGGUCCGGUCCUGACGUGCUGAGCAGGGAGGGGGGAGAGCGAGGGGACGAGUCGAGCAGCCUUCAUGAUGAUGACGACGGGGAUGAUCUCUCUGACUGUGACUCGGAGCCAGGGUUGGAAGUGAAACGAAAGCAGCGCAGAAGUCGGACUACUUUCACGGCGGAGCAGCUGGAGGAGCUAGAGCGCGCCUUCGAGCGGACACACUACCCGGACAUCUACACACGAGAGGAACUGGCCCAGCGGACCAAACUGACAGAGGCCAGAGUACAGGUAUGGUUCAGCAAUCGGCGAGCCAGGUGGCGGAAACAAGUGGGCAGCACCCAGCUGUCCGCCAUCAACACGUUCCUGCAGCUGCCACAGAACACCAGCACAGCGCCUGCACCCGCUCCUGCGCAGUACAUGUUUCCAGAGUCUGGAUAUCACCUGCCUUCUGCUCCAGAAGGCUUUUGGCAUCACCGACCACAGCUGUCCGCAGCUUCUCUGCAUCAGGCAUUUUCACACCCGCCUGCGUACAAACCGGAAGUAACGUACGCUACGUUGAUGGACUCUUACCUUUCGCAUUCGUCUCAGGUGCCAACAUACACCAACCUUUCCACCACACAUUUCAGCAGCGCCUGGAGUACCCCUACAACGUCCUCACUCACCCCACUUUCAACCUACCACCCGCCCCCCGCGCCGUACUCUCAUGACGUCACCAAACCGGCUUCGCUAGCAGCGCAAGUGACAGGCCCGUUGCAGAUGGACAAGCCCUGCCCGCAGGACGAUACAUUAGCCACCUUGCGUAUGAGGUCACGGGAACACACCGCCAUGCUGAACCUGCUGCAGUCAGACCCGCUGCGAUCCGGCAACGUCUACCAACCUCUCUGAUGUCCCUUGGGGAGGUCAGAAGACACAAUGAGGUCGAGGGACUCGUCAACACGCAGGUGCCUUAGAAGGGCGGGACGGACUGUGAGCGUGUGUCGUUACAAACGACCAUGUGUUCAGCACCGCUCGUAGUUUGUAAAACUGCGCUAGUAUCAGAAAACUCUUAUUUCGAGGACUGGCUAAUGACAUUUUUCUGAAGAUAUGACGGGAACAUCCUCAGAAUUUAUGCUUUUUAAAAUCUUCAAUUGACACUGACAUCAUCAUAACUUUGGGUUCAUUUGUUUUGUUUUUCAUUUGGUUUGUUUGCUGGUUUGUGAAACCUGUGCAACUUUGCAAUACUCAUGAAAUUUGAUUUUGUAGAAUAUUUGAAUGGAUAAUCAAAGUCCAGUCUAAUAGCUGAGUUAGUUACAUGCUAAAUAGUUGAGCCUACACACCUGCGUCUACUAUAGCUGGAGCUAUUAUACCUGUAUAUGUACUUGAAGCUCUUCUUGAUGAAGGCACGGGAAUAUUUUAUUGUGGUUUGUACGACAGUGAGUAGCUGUUAAGAGAGGUAACUCAAGCUUCAAAAGAAGUGUAUGUUAGUUGCCUCCCAUAUAAUAACAGUCGAACAGAUCGUGAAGACAGACGUGUUCAUGGGAUAGAGCACGUCCGGUUCUGUCAUUGUGUGUGUGUGUGUCCGUGUGUGUGAAAGCUCUCGUACGCAGUAUGUUUUCCUAACAAAGCCUUGGGAGGUUUCCUACAAACCGUUUAAUACCGGGGGAGAUCAUGAUUUUAAAAAAAAGUCACUCUAUGUGACAAUUUUCAGCAGAAGAUGAAUAUGUGCCUUCAGCGCCUACCUUUUCAACGCAUUAUUCCUUUUUCUAAUUUUAACAUUUGUACAACUGUAUUCGUAAAUAUUAAACAUUUUGUAUUCGUUC